UUAAUUCAGUUCCUUUGUGACCGCGGCCGAGUCGAGUGGUACGGUAAUCGCAAUCGGAAUUCGGACUUUCGGGCUUUCAUCGGAGAGCGUUCGCGGGGGUGUUUUCCCGGUUUCGGUGGACCGUGUUGGUGGUGCUAGAUCUGAGGUACGGCAGGCGCAGGAUAUCACCCUUGAUCGAAGAUUGUGCGCAGUUGUGACUAAGUGAGGACCAGUUCUAGGUUGUGCCCCGCUGUGAAGGUUAAUCUGGAGUGUUGAUCGCUCGCUGGUUCAAUAGCUGGUGCGGGUGCUGGUGGUGAGGAGUCAACUUUAGUGCCAAGUGAAAACAGCAAGAACGCUUCGGAGGUGAAGCGUUGUGUCGUAUUUCUUUUACAUUAACUCGAGCGAAAAGUGCAAUCAGGUGGAACAGUGCAACAAUGGGGGCCGAUAGUGAAAAAUCGGAAAAGGCCAACAUCGACGAGCUGGGGACUUGUACCGAGCCAAUUGUCAAUACGGAGGACCUCACCAAGUGGGGUAAAUUUUGUCAACGUCAUGGAAUCAAUCCCAAUUUGAUUAUGCUGAAGAUAACGCUGUUCGUCAUGUAUGGAGCAACAUCGUCACUGCUGCCCUAUUUAACAAUUCACAUGCAGAGCACCGGGCUGACGGUGGAGGAAAUUGCAAUCAUCUACCUGGCGCUGCCAUUCACCACCUUCCUCAGUCCGCCGAUCACAGGUUUCCUGGUGGACAAGUUUGGUCGGUACAAGCCAGUGGUGAUUAUGAGUCUGCUGCUAAAUGCAUUAUUCCAUCACUCUCUGAUGUUGAUCCCGCAGCAGGAAAUCCCCGGCAAGCUACCGGAAGCAUAUGUAAUGAGACAUCCGGACACGGGAAGCGUCGAGGUUUGGUGGUCUCCGUGUCCGAGCCGUGAGUGCCCAGAGGAGGAGGAAAUCGACAUAGUCGUGGACCAGUGCCUGGAUCACUGUCUGUUGCUGGAGCAGAAUCCGAAAAUUGAAGUCGUUCCUCCGCCAACGUUCGCCCCCAUUCUGCCGCCCUCGGAUGUCGGGGAGCAGGAUGACCUGGAGCUGUUCAUCAACAAAAAGAUCAACAGGAAGAAUAAAACAUUCGAUGUACUUAGUAGCGUUAGUUCGAGCACCACAGAGACGUACAUAGAUAAGCAAAUACUUAACAUGGAACCGGACUCGGAGGAAAGCGAGGAAAGCUGGGUGAUAGCCGGCAGCGGGGAUUCGGCAUUCUUUGUGCUCGACAUGCAUCCAGAUCUGGGCGAACCGAUUGAGCAGCUUGGCAUGGAAAUUGAGCACGACGAUAAUGAAACGGUGACUGAUUUCAAAACACGCUUUGGCGAGAAGCUGCUUUGGAAGCAAGGGGUGAAUGUGACGGCAUUAGAGGAGGAAGAUCUCCGUUGCGGCGGUUUGGUGCUCAACUCCAACAUGUCGAUGAACAGCAAUCUGCGCUUGAGUGAACUGGCAGCCGAUUGUAUGGUACAGCGAUGUAAUUUUAGGAAAAAUGGACCGGAAAUUUGCCCCCCGGAUUACAAGGAGAGCGAUGACAAAGUUUUCUGGAUUUACUUCGGAUUGCGAUUCCUUGCGACAACGAUGCUGUCGGCCGGUGUCACGAUAAUGGAUCCAAUUGCACUAACCAUGAUUGAGAAAUAUGGCGGAGACUUUGGCCGGGAGCGGCUGUUUUCGAGCAUAGGAAUGGCAAUUUUCUCGCCAAUCACUGGCAUUAUGAUUGAUUUCUUCUCGCGGGAUUUGGGCUACACGGAUUACUCGGCUGCCUUCUAUACGUACGAUGUGUUGCUGGUUGUUUCGUCGAUAUCGGUGUUUUUGAUGCCACUGGGCGAGAAGCUUCCGGCCGACAACGUGUUUAAGGAUUUGUGGAAUUUGCUUAAGCUGAAGCACGUUAUCAUAUUUAUUUGGUUCCUGUUUUUGUUGGGCAACUUCUGGGGAUUCAUCGAAAGUUUUCUGUUCCUGUAUCUCAAGGAAUUGGGUGCACCCAACUAUCUGCUGGGCAUCACAAUCACAGUGGGAACUGUGAGCAGUAUCCCGUUCUUGUACGGAGCUGGUAAAAUCACCAAAUAUGUCGGGCAUGUGAACCUUAUUGUGAUUGCUUUCAUUGCUCACGCUUGUCGACUGGUUGGAUAUUCGUUGAUCGAAAAUGCCUGGUGGUGUUUCCCCUUCGAAGCCAUGGAAGCCCUGUCCUGUCACCUGAUGUGGGUCGCUGCUGCCACUUACUGCGCUCUGCUCGCACCGAAAAGCCUUCUCGCAACGCUGAUCGGUGUGCUGGGAAUGGCCCAUUUCAGUUUGGGUCGUGGUAGCGGUUCCUUCUUCGGUGGUUUUCUGAUCGGUGAGGUUGGCACUCGCGAGGCUUUCCGUUACAUGGGACUGGUGGCGGUGGCCGGUGGAAUCGCUUACAAGUUCAUCCACGCCAUCUGGCUGAGAAAGUACGAUAAUCCUGACCUGGAAGAUGAAGCAGCAGAAAAUGGUGAGGCUGAUAAGCUUACCGAGGGUAAGGAAGGGGAGGAACCGAAAACCAGAGACCAAGGUACGUCGAUGUCGCAGGAGCGUCUGUCGCUGAUGAUCAAAUACAACCAGAUUGGUUCGCUUACGUCACUGCCUCGUGGCUCCCGGGGUGACAUGAGCGAUUCGUUCUCUCGCAGACGCAGCAGUUACAACAUAGAAUAUGUGCGUGCCCCUAAAGGUGGAGGUAGUGCAUCUAAGGUCGACUUGCUCAAAUCUGCACUAGAAAUCAACCACAAGGUGUCCCAGCCGCAUCUCCGAAAAGAAGGCAAAGCGUCAGAUCAGUCGCUCAACUCCAAGUGGGCCGAUAGCGCUCCCCGUCUGAAUCCCUCCAAGAACAUCUCGCAGCCGAUACUCGGCGCCGUGGUCGAUGAGGUAGGACCACCGUCUUUGCUGACUCGGCAACGGAAAAAGCACCACCAGAGUGGUAUUCUGGUAAUAAAAGCCAGCAGUCAUGAUGCUGAUCUGGAUCUACGCAAUUAUCUGCGGGAAACUGACCGUCGUGACUCCAUAACGGAGGUGGACACCGAACAUUACAAGGCGGAACUGGCCAAACAAGCGAGAGCCCACGUGCUGAACGACAUUCCUGAGCGUCCGGUGGAACCGAGCGACAUGGUUGGCCCCACACCGACGGAAACCACUGGCACAAGCAUAGCGAACAACGGGACCACCGAAAGUAAAACUUGAAAGUAAUUAAUCGCUGCCAAGGUACCUGCACCACACCGCGUCAACUGGUUGAUCGAUUCAAAACCGGAGGGUCACUUAUCCUACAUCUUUUAAAAUGCUGUCAUUAUUUUCCCUUCCGCGUACUAUCUCAGUAUGAUUCAACUGGUUGAUGCUCUUUAUUUCUUAGUGGCGAUCAAUUAGAAUUUGUUAACACUUGUUGCCUGUAAACUGGCACAUAAUAAAAUAAUUUAGAAAAUGAA